UUUUGUGCCGGUGACGAAUGUGUCGGGCCGACGCGAGCGCGCGCGGGGAGAGGAGCAGCCCGCUCGGCGGCUGGGGAGCCAGCGCCGCCCCGCCGCGAUGGAGAGGCCGGUCAGGAGGAAUAAGAAAAUUGUUGAUUAUUCACAGUUUGGGGAUUUUGAAAAUGAUGAUGAAGACUUUGCCCGUGUACCUGCACCUUUAAACAAAAAAUCUAGAGUAGUACCUACAGAGACAAAUAGAGAGAAAAAGGAGAAGCAGAAAAGGCCACACAAAGAGGUGACUACAGUGCCGAAGAAAACACCCAGUAAAAGGAUAGCCUUAGAUGACAAACUUUACCAGAGAGAUUUAGAAGUUGCGUUAUCCUUGUCAGUGAAAGAACCAUCUGCAGAUAUCCUUGAAGUGCAAGAUUCAGAAGAACAAGGCAUUAAAAAAUUUACAGCUAUUGAAUUAGAAAAUGUAGACAGCAGUUCCCUCCUCUCCAACUGCAGUGCAGAUAGUGGUCUCUUAGGCCCCAAUCAGGUCCCAGAUGACAAUGACAUCCCCACAGAUGGUCAUAGGCAAAGAAGAGCAGCGUCUAAAGCUGUGUCACAGCAGAAGUUACUGACAGAUAACAGUGAUGAGGGAGACCAUGCUGAUAACUAUGAGUCAGAGUUUGUGUCUGAUGAGGAAUCAGAGGGUGGUUCAGAUUUCAGUGAGGAAGAUGAUGAAGACUUUGCUGCAAAAAGGAAGAAAACUAAAGAAAAUAAAAGGAAAGAAAUUAAGUUAAAGGUCCAAACAGAAAAAGAAAAGAAACCCCCCAAAUCCAGAAUUAAUGCUACAGCCAAAGUGACUCCAGUAGUUUCUUCUCCACGGGUAAUCCAAGCAAAAUCUCAGUCAACAUUGAAGGAGACAUCAAGUUCUCCAGAACCUAUUGGAGAACCUUUAUACGCAUCAAGUCCCUCAACAGACAAGAAGAAGCCCAAAUGGAUACCACCAGCUGCCUCAGGAUGCAGUAGUAACCCACUGGGAGGAAUUUCAGUUAAAUCACCUACUCAAGGUCUCAGACUUGGCCUGUCCAGGUUAGCACGAGUGAAACCGCUGCACCCAACUACUGCCAGCAGUUGAAUGGUCUAUGAAAGUGUCUCUCACUUGAAGGACUACUGUUUGGAAAGAAUUGGGUGUGUGGUAGUGUUCUGUUGUUUUUAAACAAAUGAGCAGAAAACUGUUCAUUCAGAGGGAGGAAAUGCUGUCGAUGUUGCUUGUCUGAUACUAAUAAAGGGCCUUCAUCCUUCAAGGUGCAGUGUAUCACCAGUGAAGUGCUGAGCAGCUUCAGCUGCUGAAUAAUACUUAAUCAACUAGACCUCAGGUUGCUCAGCACCUUGAUGGAUCGGACCCAAAGAGAGGGAUUGUGUAUUUGAGAUUGUACCCUUCUGAUGUCUAUCCUCUUUUGGAAAAAAAAAAUAGGCAUUACAUUUUUAAAUUGCAUAAAAACAGAAUCUAAAAAGCAGUGUAUCAAUUAUGGAUCUAAAUAUAUAGACUGGAUUCUUAAUGUAACCUUAAAGUUACAGUUUUGAAUUCCAAAUGUUUAAUAUUCAUUCUGUUCAUAGUCCAAUUAAAGCAUCCCUUUAAUAAAGUGAAAUCAUUGUUCCUCUCAGUCCAGAAAAGUUAAUUCUCAAAUCUUUGUUAAAACUUACUGAUAGUUGUAUUUGUGUGGAUUUUAUUGCUAAGAAUGUAUAAUGUGCUGCUUAGAAAACUGUAUUUUUAAAAAAAGUAAAAUAAAAUAUAUUUUAUAAACA